AAUGUUUCUAGCGUAUCUAUAUACGUGCAACCCCCCGCCUCCACGUAACAAAUCAUAUCAACGCUCCAUCAGAGCUGCGGGCACAAAGUUGAAGAAAAGGCGCUGGAGCAGCUGCCUUUCCUGCUCAGCACCACGGACAGCGAACACUUGGCACCCUGAAAAAGACUUUCCAUCGAUAUUGGAAAAUUACGGAAGAAGCACAGGACCUUAUUGAUGGCAAUUUUUUAUUUUUAUUUUUUUUCCCCCCGUGGUGAUUACUCAUUUUAACCCGAUUAUAGACAGACGUGGACUUUCCCACUGCUCGACAAAUAAGACUUUCUUCUGAGCCGCUGGAGUCACUCUGCAUAUGGGCUGUGUACAAUGGAGCCUCUGGAUCAGAGCCACUGGUUUCCCCUCUCUUCAGACCCAAACUCCUCUGCAGGUGCUCCCUCGCCCUUCCUUUUUUCCUUUCCUCGCCUUUUCAACAUCUCCUCCAACCUGUCCACUCAGAGUGUCCCAUUCGAGGGCAGCAGCACUCUGAUGACUGCGCUGAUCUCACUCGCUGUCUUUGUAGUGGGUCUGGCCGGCAACACUCUGGCCAUCUACGUGGUGCUGCGCUAUGCAAAAAUGAAGACAGUCACCAACAUCUACAUCCUGAACCUGGCUGUGGCCGACGAGCUCUACAUUAUGGGGCUCCCCUUCCUCACCACACAGAACGUACUCUCCUACUGGCCGUUUGGCUCCUUCCUGUGCCGCGUGGUCAUGACUGCAGACUCCAUGAAUCAGUUCACGUCCAUAUUCUGCCUCACCGUCAUGUCCAUUGAUCGUUACCUGGCCGUGGUGCAUCCAAUCCGCAGCACCAAGUGGAGACACCCCAGAGUGGCCAAGGUGGUGAGCGUAGCAGUGUGGGCCGUGUCUUUUGUGGUGGUCCUGCCGGUGGUCAUCUUCUCGGACGUGCAGGACACUUUCAACUCCUGCAACAUGAUCUGGCCAGAACCGAAGGAUGUGUGGUCAACAGCCUUCAUUCUCUACACUGCCACGGUUGGCUUCUUUGGGCCACUGCUCAUCAUCUGCCUUUGUUACUUACUUAUAGUCAUCAAGGUGAAGUCCUCGGGGGCCCGGGCGGGCUUCACUAAACGUAGGCGUUCAGAGCGCAAGGUGACGUGGAUGGUGGUGGUGAUUGUGGUGGUUUUCGUGCUCUGCUGGCUCCCGUUCUUCAUCAUCAAUAUGGUGAACCUGGUAGUCAUCAUCCCUGAGUCUAGUGCCACUGCAGGCAUCUACUUCUUUGCUGUCAUCCUUUCAUACGCCAACUCGUGUGCCAACCCGGUGCUCUACGGCUUCCUGUCAGACAACUUCAAACAGAGUUUCAGAAAAGUGCUGUGCAUUAAGAGCAUGAGGUGCACUGCCAAUGGCGUGGAUGAUGGUGACCCGAGUGCUCCGCGCAGUGAGAAGACCACAGCACACGACUGCAUCCUGCUUUCCUCUCGUAACCAGGUCUACCACGAUCCCCAGAGCAGCCAGGUCUCUCCACAACCCCCCGGCUCACCCACCUCUCACACUGCAGCAGACCCGCACCGCUCCACCCCUACAUGUCAGUUCCCGUCUGCUUACCCAGGACUCACCACCACCACCACGAUAACCUCCACAGCAGCCUCCAUGGUUACCACUGCGAUAAGUGCUGCUGAUCCUCCUACUGUCACUGCCUUGACAGCACCCUCUUACUCUGUCUCCAUAGCUUCACAGGAAAAGUAACCAGCUGGCAAAACUGGUCAAAAUGUAGAAAUACUUUCAUAUGAAUGGGAAAAAAAUACUUGACUGUCAAAUACAUGCACAUUAUAAAUACAUUGGAACAUUUCUGCCUCAUUUUCGUGAAAUGACCUCACACAUAUAUUUAAUUACCAAGCUCCUCUGGCAUGGCGGUACAUGUAAGUGCCUUUCCAUCACACUUUUCAAUCAUCACAACACCUGAAUGGAACAUUUCUACCUUCUCCCCUUCUGUUAUGUGACAUGUAAGAAUGUAUUUACUUCUCAGAACCAAAAAAUGAUCACAGGAACCCGGUGUCAGAGAUUUAUUUGGGACCUCCAGGUUUCUUUAGUGUGACUCAUGUGAAGUAUUUCCAGAUAACAGUCUUGAUCAUCGCAGCUUUAAUCAGCAGGACAAUGUACUGAUUAUUUGUCAUCCCCCUCCCUCCCAUUACAAACUCCUAGUUAUUUCCUGUUAUUUCUUAUUUAAGAGGGUAAAUCUUCAUAACUAAAUCUGAAAUCUGUACAGCUUUGCGAAAAAGUCUGCUGUGAUCCUGUUUGUGCACAAUUAGUUUUUAUUGUUGAAAAAAAUGUCUUUCUUCACAUUGUAGUUAACGUGACUCGUUCACUGCCCUUCAAGCCAGCACUGUACAAACACCUCUUAAGUUGCGUCCUUGCUUGUGAUGUGACUGUUUUGCACAUAUCCACGUAUGUACUUGUGUUCGCUUUUGCAAAAACUGUGAUGCUGGUAAAUUCAGGGUUUAUGGUGUUACUGCGUACUGAGUAUUUGCUAUUAUGCCUAUUAUACCUAGUUAUGUCUUUAUUUUUGAAAUAUUGUAUUAUUUUUGUUACGGAGUCAGACUCAAGAGGAUUAUAUCGUGGCCACAGAAAAUAUUUGGUUACAAUUGACUGGUAUGUAAUUACUUUCAGGUCAGGCACAUCAAGGUUGACUGGUCAUUCUGACUAUAAAAACAAUACUUUAGAAACAAUUUGAGCACAGCUUCUUCUUUUGUGGUAUAACGUGCCUAAGUGUAUUGCUAUAUUAUUGCUUACGUAUUGUUUGUGUAUAUUCCAGUCAUCCUAAAAGCAGCAAGUAAUGGAGUUUAUUUAAUAUAAACUAAAUGGUAUCAAAUAACUCAGAUAAAUUGGAUCCUUUUAAUGGUGGCUUAUAGUGCUUUUUCAGUCACAUUUCAUUUGGUGGAAAAUAAAUUUCAUCAAUGCCACACAGAAGCUGGCCGAGUGAACAUAAUGGAGUGGAUCCACUCAAAACAAAUGGGCUCACUGGAAGAAGAAAAAUCAAGGUUUCUACAUGCAAAUACAGAAAAUGUGUUGUACAUGUAGCUGAUAUAGAUGAGUUGUUCAGAUUUGUUUGUUGGAUUUCUUUGGAAUAAAAUGGUGUGAUCAUA